UGCAGAUGUAACCAAACUUGUUUUUGUUAUUUUUGUGGAUUUAGCUAACAGACUUAUGCAACAUAAACAACACGGUCAGACAACACCAACCUUAAUUAUUAAGGUUUAUGGCUCACAUUCACCUGUUCAGGACUAAAUGAUCAGCUCUACAACAUGUGGAGAUGAUGGAGGGGCUGCGGAUGGAGCAGAGUUCCUGCUCUGUGCAGGCAGAAGCAUCAGAAGAAGAGGAGCAGCAGCAAAAAGCUGAAAAUAUGUCCAGUGAUUGUGGAAUAAAGCGCUGGAUUAUUCUCCUUCUUCUUGGUUCUUCCGCGGUGCGCACUAAGGCUCUCUGACCCCGGAUGGCGCGGAUUUAUCUGCUUCUUUUCCAUCACAGGAUAAAAGAACCCCAGCGGCGCCAAUCGGCUUCCCUCUUGAAGGCAGUGGACCAAUCAGCGAGCGUCUUGGAUGAAUAUUCAUGAGUCCGGGAUUCAAACCUUUGAGCGAGUUUGUCUUGGUCCACAGCAUCAUACCUGGGACUUUUCACUGACACAAACUGCAUUUUCUUAUGAAUGGAAAGAGUAAAAGGGAGUGCGGCUUAAAUUGGGACUCGUCCUCCUUCAGUGAGAUCAUAGAAGACGGAAAAGAACAAAAGCGAGACGAGGGCAACCGUCAGAAGAGAUGACAAUGACUACGAUCCCAGAGAGUCUCAACAGCCCUGCCUCAGGAAAAGCCGUUUUCAUGGAGUUUGGACCCCCGAGUCAGCAAAUGUCUCCGUCCUCCAUGUCUCACGGACACUAUCCCAUGCACUGUUUACAUUCUGCAGGUCACGGCCAGCACGACAGCUACAGUCCUGGCUCCUCGUUCCCCAGGUCCCUGGCUUAUCCAUACGUCAACUCAGUCGGCAGCCAUUCCUCCAGUCCGUACCUGAGCACAGUGCAGAGUUACCAGAACAGCUCGGCGCUGACGCAGACGCGGCUGGAAGACGCGGCGGCAGAAACAGAGAAAAACACAGUGGUGGAAGGAGGUGAGGUUCGAUUCAACGGCAAAGGGAAGAAGAUCAGGAAACCAAGGACUAUCUACUCCAGUUUGCAGCUCCAAGCUCUGAACAGGAGAUUUCAACAAACCCAGUAUUUGGCUUUACCAGAGAGAGCGGAGCUGGCGGCGUCGCUGGGUCUGACACAGACACAGGUAAAGAUCUGGUUCCAAAACAAACGAUCCAAAUUCAAGAAGCUCAUGAAACAAGGCGGUGGCGCCAUCGACGCCAACGCUUUGGCCACAGGCCGCGGACUGUCUAGCGGCUCCCCCUCGGUGGCACCUGUCUGGAGCUCGCCGACCACUGUGAAGACUCCAGCGGGGGCCACGACCGGGUCCUACAUCCCCAGCUACACCUCGUGGUAUCCCACCACACACCCGGAGUCUAUGCAACAGUCACAGCUCAUGUGAGAACACGGAGCCUCAGCUCCAGGACUUCUGAGCAGGCUCACAUGCAGCCGCUUUUGGCGCGGUACACAGCACUGAUUUUUACGCACAACACCAAACCAGGCCGGAGUUUGCUGCCGCACGGCGCCAGCUCACACCGUGGCCUCCUGAGAAACCGGGUGAUGGGAAGGAGCAGAGGCACGGAGAGAGGAGAGAGUAGCGAAAGAAGGAGCAUAGAGACUGAAAAAGGCGCACCACAGCGCGGUGCGCCCGAGGCCACCAGGCCUGUCAGAGCCAGCGGAAAUCGCAGACAGAUGGAUCCAUUUUUGGCUGCUGUUAAUCAUCUUUGUGUUCUUUGAAAACAUAUCUGUGUGACUUAUCCUGUUGUUGAGAUACAUGUUUAUUAGAAAACGUGCUUGUUUACGCCACAUGUCCCAAAACGAGUCCUAAAAAGACGUAAAACUCAACCUGCACCCACCAAAGGAUAGAAAUUGGCCACAGGGCAGAGGAUUUACUGUCUGCAGCCUCAAACUGUUACUAUGUUGUUUUUACGUGUUCGUUAUUUAAGUUUAAAUUAUUACUCGCUUAAACCUUUCUUUCAUUUGUCCGUGUGGUCAUUUCUGUAAGUAACAACACUGUGUUGUUAAUGCUGCACUAAUGCAAGCAAAGCUUUUCUAUGCCGGCCCCUCAAUGUUAUGUGAACCAUGUUAAACGGUCUGACUAUUAGCUGCUUUAAUGAAAAAAACAAAAACAAAACCAGUCAUUAUCACGUGGAGGAGCAGCUCAUACGUCACUGUAAUCUGUACAUAUGUUUUUAUCAUCACUUUUUGUUUCGUGCUGUACUGGAUGCGCUGUGAAACAGGGUUUGUUUUAGUCCUUUUUCUGUAUUUGUCCAGAUGUGUUUAGUCCAAAAAAUAGAGGAUAUUUAGUUUUGUAUUGAUUAAUUAAUUUAUUGAUCUGUUUCUGAGGUUUAUGUAAAUAAUGUGCAAAAACAGUAAAAAAUGAUGAUGAAGAUUUAAA